AUGGAUGUCGGCGAAACCGAGGUGGCCAAGCGGUGCCGCGCGGCCGCGGCGCAGGGCCACGCCAGCGCGCAGCACCAGCUGGGCGGUAUGCUCGAGGCCGGCAGCGAGGGCGUCGCACAGAGCUGGCCCGAAGCGGCCGCCUGGUACCGUCGGGCCGCCGACCAGGGCCACGCCGCGGCCCAGUACCGGCUGGCGCGGCUCUACUGGUACGGCCGGAGCGGCGAGGAGGCCCGGGAGACCCGCAAGAAGGCGGUCGAGUGGUACCGUCGGGCCGCCGACCAGGGUGACAGCGAGGCCCAGUACCUGAUGAGCCGCUGGUGCCAUACCAACACCGUGCAGGGCCGCCGCGAGGGCCUGGCCUGGCUGCGCCGAGCCGCCGGCCCUGGCGGUAACCACCCGAUCGCCCGACGCAACCUGCCGGAGACCCUCAUCGAGUGCGCCGGUGACGAGUGGGCCUCCGGCGCGCUGGCGACCGCGGCCGACAUGCUCCGCGAGGCCUUCGAGCUGGGCGAGACCUGCAACGCGCCGUACCUCCUGGGCCGCCUCUACGACGACGAAGAGGGCGGCCUGGGCGACGCGGAGCUGGCGGCAUCGUGGUACGCGCGGGCGGUGGACCACCCGCACGCGCGGUUCAUGCUGGGUCGCCUCUACGACGAGGGCCGCGGGGUGGCGCAGGAUCCGGCUGAGGCGGUCCGACUGUACCGACUGGCCGACGGCCCCGAGGCGCUGCUACGACUGGGCCGCCUGUUGGAGGAGGGCCGGGCCGGCGUGGCCGGCGAUCACCUCGGCGAAGCGGCCGCACUGUACGCCCGGGCGGCCGACCACUGGGGCAGCGACGAGGCCCGGUGGCGGCUCGGCCGGCUCUACGCGACCGGUCGCGGCGUGGCCCGGGACGAGCGGCGGGCGGUGGCCGAGUUCGCCCGGGCGGCCGAGUUUGGAUGCGGCGAGGCGCGGUUCGACCUGGGGCUCAUGCACGCCGAAGGCCGCGGCACCGACGCCGACGACCGGCUCGCGCUCGACUGGUUCCGUCGGGCCGCGUCCAAGGGCCACGCCCGGGCGCAGUACAACGUGGGUCUCAUGUACGAGAAGGGCCGCGCAGGCCUGGCCGGCGACCGGGAAGAGGCCAUGCGCAGGUACGCCGCAGCCGCCGCCAGCGGCCAUGCCGCUGCGCAGUCGCGCCUCAGUCGACUCUUCGCCGCCGCCGCCGCCGCCGAAACGAAGACGAAGCAGAUGCCGACCGCAGCUGCGGCACUGUGGGAGAAGGCGGAGCAGGGCGAUGCCCGGGCGCAGUACCGGGUGGGGCGGCUGUGCGAGCGGGGCGGCGACGGGGAGGCACAGAGCGACGCGCGGGCGGCUGAGUGGUUCGGGCGAAGCGCCGCGGGAGGCUAUGCCAAGGCGCAGCUCGCGCUCGGGCGCAUGCACGAGUACGGCCGAUGCGGGGUGGAGCGGAGCGAGGCGAAGGCACUCGAGUGGUACCGGAGGGCGGCUGACCAGGGCCAGGCCAGGGCGCAGGAGAUUCUUGCCCUGUGGUCAGCCAACCCAUAA